GAAUGGUACAUUUCAGCAGAUUUUCUUGAGUCUAAACUUGCUUUUAACUUGGUUUCUCAAGAGAACAAACAAGAAACCCCAUCUUCUCAGCUUACUCAGACCUGCUUUGGAAAUUUGACUUCUGCACUCUGCAAUGCUGCAGAUAUUAGUGAGUAAAGAAGAAAUGCUUCCUGAACAGCAGACCUUUGAAUGUAAAGGCAUUAAAGAAGAAGAAGAAAAACUCUGCAGAAGUCAGGAGGGACACCAGCUUCACAGACUGACGGAGUCUGAUAUUUCAAACCUACCUUUCACUGUUGUCACUGUGAAGAGUGAGAAUGAUGAAGAAAAACCACAGUCGUCAGGGGUUAGUCAAAGCCAAACUGAAGGGACCGCAGAGGCUCUGGCCAUCAGCUCAACUGCAGACAGAACACCGAUGUCACACGCUAUUGCAGAGGAAUAUGGACGGCAGCAGACAGGCAGCAAUUUGAGUCAGUAUAGUUGUUUACAACCCAUUAUAAGUGGCAGGAGUUCAGACAGUUCUGGAACAGAGACUGAAGAUAGCUAUGAUCGAAAUCAGACCAGGGAACUUAAUUUGGGGUUCACCUCCCUGAAAAACUGUGAUACAGGCGUUGUCGAUAGCAGGUGUAACAUUGGUAGUAAACAGUUUAAUUGCUCUGAUUGUGGAAAAGCACUUGGUCACAUGAGCUUUUCAAAGAAACAGAAGAGAAUGCAAGUAUGUAAGACACUCUUUCGCUGUACUGAGUGUGACAAAAUGUGGAGACAAUCAGUCGGCCUGGACAAACACACGAGAAUGUUUACAGGAGAAAAACCAUUUGGCUGUUUUCAUUGUGGUAGAAGAUUUGGACAAAAAUGUCAUCUAUAUAGACAUAUGAAAAUUCAUACAGGAGAGAAACCAUUUAUCUGUUUUCAUUGUGGUAGAAGAUUUAGACAAAAAUGCCAUCUGAAUAGACAUGUGAUAACUCAUACAGCUGAGAAACCAUUUGGUUGUUCAGUGUGUGGUAAAAUAUUUAGUCAAAGAAAACAGCUGAAAAGACACAUUGGAAAUCAUACAGGAGAGAAACCAUUUGACUGUUCUGAGUGCGGAAAAAGAUUUGGACAAAAAAACACUCUGAGUGCACACAUGAGAAUUCAUACAGGAGAAAAACCCUUUGGCUGUUCUGAGUGUGAUAAAAGAUUUGGGCAUAAAAGCAGUUUGGAUUCUCAUAUGAUUAUUCAUUCAGGAGAGAGACCAUUUGCCUGUCCAGAGUGUGACCAAAGAUUUGGACGUAAAAGUGGUCUAACAAAACACAUGAUAAUUCACACAGGAGAGAAACCAUUUGCUUGUUCUGCAUGUGGAAAAAGAUAUGGUGGUAUAGGUGAUCUAAACAAACAUAUGAGAAUUCAUACGGGAGAGAAACCAUUUGGCUGUUCUGAGUGCGGUAAAAGAUUUGGACAAAAAACCAGUCUGAACACACACAUGAGAAUUCAUACGGGAGAGAAACGAUUUGGCUGUUCUGACUGUGGUAAAAGAUUUGGAGGUAUAGGUGGUCUAAAGAGACACUUGAGAAUUCACACAGGAGAGAAACCAUUUAGCUGUUCAGAGUGUAGCAAAAGAUUUGCUCAAAAAAGCAAUCUGGAAACACACAUGAGAAUUCAUACUGGUGAGAAACCAUUUGGCUGCUCAGACUGUGACAAAAGAUUUGUACAAAAAACGAGUCUGGAUGUCCACAUGAGAACUCAUACAGCAGAGAAACCAUUUGACUGUUCAGUAUGUGGUAAAAUAUUUGGAAGAAAAAAACAGCUGAACAGACACAUGGAAAUUCAUACAGGAGAAGAACCUGAAGAAAUACCUCUAGGCAAUCCCUGGUCACCCAAGUGCCCAUGAGUUGCAGAUAUCCGCAAUUAAGGGAACGGUCACAAUCUUGAAGACAGCUCCUGGAUACAAUGUCAGUAAUGUUUAGAAUGCACCUAUAGACCUCAGGUUUUGGGCCCCUUGCACUCUGUAAAAAAAAAA